AUGCCAACGUUGGCAGUCGUCAAUUUCAACAUUGUGUGUGCCACAUUGGGAGGCUUCAUCACUGUCUUUGGCCUUGUUUCUUACCUAUUCAAGGAAAAGUUCUAUCUCUCUGAGCCUUUAAUAUCUCUAGUAGCGGGAGUCAUCUUUUCACCUCAUGCUACAAACCUCAUAAGGCCCCUUGAGUAUGCCCUGGGUGAUGUCGAAACUCUGGACACAAUAACAUUAUACUUUACUCGGCUCGUGCUUGGUGUACAAUUAGUGCUAGCCGGCGUCCAGCUUCCUUCAAAGUACCUAAAGACAGAAUGGAAGAGCCUCGCUCUUCUACUUGGUCCAGGCAUGACCAUCAUGUGGCUUUCCACAAGUCUUCUCGUCUUUGCCUUUGUCCCACACAUUCAAUUUCUCCAGGCAUUAGCUGUCGGGGCAUGUGUCACACCCACAGACCCCGUUCUAUCCAACUCCAUAGUUAAGGGUAAAUUUGCAGACAAGAACAUUCCCAAGGAGCUGCAAAAGAUCAUCAUAGCCGAGAGUGGCGCCAAUGACGGAUUGGGUUAUCCAUUUCUCUUCUUACCACUGUAUCUGAUUCUCCAUGUCGGAUACGGUGGCUUAGGCCAGGAUCAUAGUACGAGUCGUGCCAUUGGAGACUGGUUUGGUGAAACCUGGGGUUAUGUUAUUAUUCUUUCCGUCGUCUAUGGUGCUACUGUCGGGUGGAUCGCCAAAGAGAUCUUGCACUGGGCUAAAGAUCGAAACUAUAUCGACCGGGAGAGCUUUCUUGUGUUCGCGAUUGCACUCGCUCUCUUCAUCGUCGGUACUGUUGGACUCGUUGGAUCCGACGAUGUCCUAGCAUGUUUCAUUGCCGGUAACACCUUCACUUGGGAUGACUGGUUUCGCCUCGAGACCCUCGAUGACAGUUUCCAGCCAACAAUCGAUAUGCUCCUAAACGUGACCAUCUUCAUAUGGUUCGGCGCCGUAUGUCCCUGGCCAGAAUUCGCACACAACUCCGUGAUUCCCAUCUACCGCCUCAUCUUCCUAGGAAUCCUCGUGCUACUCUUAAGGCGACCUCCCAUCGUCUACGCCAUGCACAAAUGGAUCCACCAAAUCGAGGAAAAGAGGCAAGCCAUUUACACUGGCUUCUUCGGCCCAAUUGGCGUCAGUGCAGUGUUCUACUUGUACGUGAGCUUGGAUUUCCUGCGCCACAUCACUGUCGAUGGCGAGAUCAGACCAGACGCAAAGUUUCUGAUGGAAGUCAUGAACGUCGUCGUCUGGUUUCUCUGCGUAUGCAGCGUUAUCAUCCACGGCCUAAGCGUCCCGCUCGGUAAACUGGGAAUCUACCUCCCGCGCACGAUAUCCAACGCUCUGUCUUCAGAUCUGCCUGAGGGACAAGAACCCUUCCAUGUCCAGCAGUCCAACGACAACUUGGGCAGAGAGCUCGAGUCGCCGGGGUCGCAGGCCCUGCCUUACCAGAUCCGCCGGAUAGGGAGGUCGAUUAUCAGGCCAAAGGAUAAUGAGUCGUCCAGUAAUCCCGGAAGUGGCAGAUCGACGCCCGUUCCUGCAAGGUCAACCGGUGGAGUCAUCGAGCCGUCAGCUGUGGGCAGGAACGUGGGAAUCAAGACUGCCGCUACGACGCCUGGUGGCUCUGAUUCACCAUCAGGACCUGUGCAACGAACGAUACGGUUUCCCGAGGACGUUGAUCGAACAGUGUAG